GCAGUUGAUAUCUAAUAUGUGCAACACAAGAACAUCUUCAGCUGUUAUCUUGAAUACAAUUGAUGUCCUCGAACAAUCAUCAUUGCAAAAGAUUCGCAAACAAUGCAAAAUUCAAAUAUUCCCUAUCGGUCCGUUGCAUAAAGUUGCUCCGGCCUCCUCAAGCAGCUUAAUAAUGGAGGACACCAGCUGCAUUAGAUGGCUUGACAAGCAAGUUCAGAACCCAGUUCUAUACGUAAGUUUGGGAAGUGUAGCAACUAUAGACAAGAACCAGCUAGUUGAAAUGGCUUGGGUUUUGGCCAAUAGCAAGCAGCCAUUCUUGUGGGUUAUUAGGCCUGGGUCGGUUGACGAUCUGGGAUGGAACCAGUUGUUGCCUGAGGGUUUCAUGGAAGCUGUUGGAGAAAAUGGUUGUAUUGUAAAAUGGGCACCCCAAACACACGUUUUAGCACAUGGCGCUGUGGGAGGGUUUUGGACCCAUUGCGGCUGGAAUUCAACACUGGAAAGCAUAUCAGAAGGGGUUCCAAUGAUCUGCAAACCAUGUUUUGGUGAUCAAAGGGCCAAUGCAAGGCAUGUCAGUCACGUAUGGAAGAUCAGCUUACACUUGGAGAAUAAAUUCGAGAGAGGAGAGAUAGAGAGAGCAAUCAAGAGGCUAAUGGUGGAUAAAGAAGGGGAAGAAAUGAGGCAAAGGGCCAAAAUUUUGAAGGAGAAGGUUGAAAUCUGCAUCAGAGAAGGGGGUUCUUCCUACAAUUCCUUGAAUCAGUUAAUUGAGAUGAUUAUAGCAUUUUGAUCACAUAGCUGGCAUUGCUACGG